UAAAUGGCUCCGCAACCGCUGCGAGUCUUCAUUUAUUGCCCCACGUCACGGGAAGUUCGAUCGCGGAGGAGAAGAGCUUUGGAUCGGCAAUGGCGUCGCAGCAGGAGCGCGAGAACUUCGUGUUCGUAGCCAAGCUCGCCGAGCAAGCCGAGCGCUACGAUGAGAUGCUGGACGCUAUGAAGAAGGUGGCGAAUCUCGGCGUGGAUCUCACCGUGGAGGAGCGGAACCUGCUCUCGGUGGGGUACAAGAAUGUGGUCGGCGCCAGGAGGGCUUCCUGGAGGAUUCUCUCAUCGAUCGAGCAGAAGGAAGAGGCGAAGGGGAACGAGAGUCAUGUCAGGAACAUCAAGGAGUACCGACAGAAGGUGGAGUCGGAGCUUUUUAACAUUUGUACCGAUAUUAUUGCCCUGCUCGAUGAACACCUCAUCCCCUCUGCGUCGGCUGGCGAAUCGUCUGUCUUCUACCACAAGAUGAAGGCAGAUUAUUAUCGUUACCUGGCAGAAUUCAAAGCUGCCGACGAUAAAAAGGAAGCGGCAGAGCAGUCUUUCAAGGCGUAUGAGGCUGCUACGAAAGUAGCUGAGGCAGAUCUUACUCCUACUCAUCCGAUUCGAUUGGGAUUGGCUUUAAAUUUCUCCGUUUUCUAUUAUGAGAUCAUGAAUUCACCUGAACGAGCUUGUCAUCUUGCAAAACAAGCUUUUGAUGAGGCUAUUUCUGAACUUGACACACUGAGUGAAGAAUCAUACAAAGAUAGUACCUUGAUCAUGCAAUUAUUAAGAGAUAAUCUUACCUUAUGGACUUCUGACAUCCCCGAAGAUGGAGUGACUGAAGAUGGUGUGAAGGAGAACAGCGGGAAGACUGCUGCAGUUGAAGAUGCAGAGUGAAGGCUAAGCGGUACUUGAACAAACAUGACGUGAGGAUGUCCCAAGACCAUCAUUAUCAUUUGUUGCUAAUGGUUUUAGUUUUUUUUUUUCUGUCAUUAUUUAGGGAAUUUAUGUCAACUCGGAAGUUAAAGCCUGCCAUUACUUGAACGCCUGAUGCCAGUGGUUUUAUUUGUUUAUUUUUUAAAUUGUCAGUUAUUGUUUCGUGUUCUCUCUCUCUCUCUCUCUCUCUUUUUUUUUUUUUUUUUUUUUGUAAUAAUGUGUCAAGUAAUGCAAGUGAGAAUGCAUUGGAAGCCCUUU